CGAAACCCAAUCCAAAUGAGAAGACGCGCAAUUUAAUAAGUAGGAAAGAGAGGUCGAAAUCUCGCUUGCAUUGUUCCUUCGCUAUGGUUGAAUCCUACUGCCAUUUCCUCUCUCUCCUCCUCCUCAUCUCCCCUGCCGCCUCCCUCGGACGCCUCCGAUCCGCCGAGCAGCCGCUGUGUUCUCGAUCGGACCACGUCUUCCUCAUCCACCACGGAUCUCAAUGCCCUUCUUCAGUCAACAAGUCUCUGCCUGUGGAGGUGAGUGGAGAGAUACUCGAGAAAGUACUGGGUUCUCACAAGAUAAGUACUUAUUUUUCUGUUCUCUUCUAUGCAUCAUGGUGCCCAUUCUCACUCGGCAGUCAACCUACUUUUGAUGCUCUUAGUUCCAUGUUUCCUCAAAUAAAACACUUCUUAGUGGAAGAAUCAUCAGUCAUGCCCAGUCUCCUCUCAAGAUAUGGUAUUCACAGUUUUCCAGCUAUAAUUUUGAUCAAUGGGACAGCAAGGCUUCACUAUCAUGGGUCAAAGGAUCUCACUUCCCUUGUCUAUUUCUACAAGAAAAGUACAGGUUUUGACUCAGUCAUACAUCUGGAGAUAGAUCAGGCUGGUUCUGGAAAUGUUAGGACUCAAACACUCCAGGUUGAAACUACAAAGGAAUUGAUAACGAAGGAACCCUACUUCGCAUUUAGUGUUCUUUUCAUCUUUCUGAGGAUGAUCAUAUGCUUCGUCCCGGCAAUAUACUCCCAUGUGAAAGUCUUUUGGGUCUCGCACGCCUGGCAUCUGACAUUGAGGUUUCUUUGUGAAUUGAGCCAUUUGUCGGAGCAGGUGCUGCAUUUGGUUGAUGUCAGAAAGUUAUGGAGCAAUCUUAGGAUUCGCAAUCGGACUAGGAACCUCCGGAAAGGUGCGAAUAAUGCACGAGUUUGGGCUACUAAUCUUGCUUCAGUCUCCCUAGGUGAGUCGUCUACUUCGAAACUAAUUCUUACUGACCCACAAUAAUCUCCUUCGAUUCUGUGGUAACGUUCCCCACACUUGUUAUAGAGCUAUGAUAGAUAGGGAUGUGAGAGGGCAUAUGAGAAGCAAAAUCUCAUGUCAUUCUUUGUUUUUCUUUUUCUUUUUUUUGGAUAUGUUAUCAUAUCUAUACUGUAUACAGUUUACUCGGACUGCAUUUUAAGAGCAUGCAAUCUGUAGCUUUUCUGAGUUGUAUCUUCUUGCUUUUUUUUGGCAAAUCAUUGUAAUCUUACAUUGGAAGUUCAUGCAUCA